CCGUGCAUCCAGUUGUAUACCUAAAUGCGUACGGCACUGUUUUAAUAGUACACACGUGCCCAAUGAAUUGAUCUCGCGAGGUGAAUCCCCUCGGGAUAUAAAAAAGAUGCCGCGCCAUCUUUGAGGGCUCGCCCGUUUUUUCGGCGGACGCGACGCGCGCGUUUUCAACCGCGGACGGACGCGGCCGCGUACCGUCAGACGUCGGAGCGAUCUUUCUCCCCGAGUAAGCUCGCGGAAUUAGGGGUCCCGUGUAAUUUUAUCAGACGCAUUUCGUCGGUGAAAAAAAAGCGCGUUGUUUGGAUUAAUUCGUUCGCGAUAAAUCGAAUGAUACUCCCGCCUCGUGUGAUCUUCUGACGAGUUUUCACUGAAAAGACACUGCGCGUCCGUCGUCGGCUGUGUUUUCACGACAACGGAACAAUUACGACGCUUUCAUUCGCGUUAAUUUCGAUGCUGUACGACGAUAUGCUCUAUGCGAUCCUUUCUACCAACGCCAAGUUGUUUACGAAUGAUCGAGCGAAGUUAGUAUCGUACUGUAGCGGGAAAAGUGUUCACGUUUGCCUUCGACGCAGGUCCGUCGGGCGGGUGUGAAGUGCACGAAGAAGAGUGGAAAGAUCGUUGUUUCGAAGGGGAACAGAAGAAAGGAACCGCGCGAGGAAUUUCUAGUGAGAGAUCGAAAGUGAAUAUUCCUGAUUUUCUUUCUUUUUUUUCACCAUGAACUACCAGUGACUUCGUACGCUUUUCUUGAAACGCGUUAUUUGCUUCGCCGCGCCGACAUUUCUCCGGGAAAAGAACGUUCGGUCUCCGUCGUUGAUGUCGUUCGAGUUUGAUAGAACGUGUUCGAUGAUAAUCGACGUUGUUCGACGGCCGAAGAUAGUGUAAAUGGCAAUUACGUGUGAGAUAAUGUAGCCGACGGUGUUUGGUUAACGCGAGAAAUGACAAUAAUAAUGGAUGGAAUUCCGUGAAGGCCCGAGAAGUGUGUCAAGUACUGUUAGAGCUUGAUAAAAGCGUGCGUCUCCUGCGAAGUUCCUGCCUCCGAAAUCACUUUCGCACCGAGGGAGACUGUAAUUGGUCCUCUCCUCGGUGAAAUGCCGGAGAGGGCAUGAUUUUAGCCAAAGGCAGCAGCCUACCUGAAUCAGACACCCUAGACCUGAGCUCGGACAGUCAUCGGCACAACAACAAUUCGAUCAUCGGCGCGUCCGGCCCGCAGGAAGUCGUGAUGAAGGAGAAAAGCAAGAACGCGGCUCGAUGGCGGCGCGAGAGGGAGAACUACCAGUUUCUGCAACUGGCGACGUUGUUGCCGCUUCCGAUGCCGAUCACUACGCAACUGGACAAGGCCAGCAUCAUUCGAUUGACGACGAGCUACCUGAAGAUGCGAGACGCGUUUCCGGAUGGUCUUGGAGACGAAUGGGGCGCCAUUCCGCCACCCGUCAACCCCAUAGAAACUGCCAUCAAGGAACUGGGCACUCAUAUAUUGCAAACGCUGGACGGUUUCAUAUUCGUUGUGGCGCCCAGCGGCAAAAUUAUGUACAUAAGCGAAACGGCCAGCACGCACUUGGGACUGGCGCAGGUGGAAUUAACAGGGAGCAGCAUUUACGAAUAUAUUUAUCCCGACGACCACAAAGACAUGUCAUCAGUUUUGUCGCUUCCGCAAGGCCCGGGAGGCCUCCCAGGCUUCGCCUUGCCGCCAUCAAAUUCACGAGGUGAAAUCGAACUAGAGUGUGCCUUUACCCUCAGGAUGAAAUGCAAUCUGGCGAAGAGGAACGCGGGCUUGGUCACCGAAGGAUACAAGGUGAUACAUUGCUCGGGCUAUCUAAAAUGUAAGAUAGAAGGACCGGAAGCGGAGAGACCUAUUCAAAUUAUCGUGUUAGUGGCGGUGGGACAAUCCUUGCCGACGCAUUCGGUGACGGAGAUCAAAUUAUACCAGAACAUGUUCAUGAUUCGAGCGUCGAUGGACUUGAAGAUGAUAUUCGUCGAUGCUAAGCUGACGCAGUUCACCGGAUACAACCCGGCGGAUCUGAUCGAGAAGUCUUUGUACCAGUAUGUGCACGCGCACGAAGCAUGGCAACUGAAGUACAAUCAUGAAGUAUUGCUGCACAAGGGCCAAGUAACAAGUAAAUACUACAGGUUCCUGACGAAAUCGGGGGGAUGGAUCUGGAUGCAGUCGUGCUUCACCGUAGUCCAGAAUUCGAGAAGCUCCAGGCCCCUUUGCGUGGUGUCGGUGAACUACGUGUUAUCGGAGCGGGAAUGCAAAGAUCUGGCGUUGAGCCUCGAACAGAUAUGUCCUUGCUCUAGCCCCGGCAAUCCACCUAGCGCGUCCCUGGAAGCACCGACGCCCUGCGGAGCGGCGAACGAUCUCAAGCACAACCUCAGCCCGCCCGCGUUUCCGAACAGGACGAAGGAGUCGCCUGAUAAUCAUUACACGGACGUCGCUGCUUAUCCAAAUCCGGAGUACAUCGGAUCGACCAAUCACAGUCAUUACUUGUCGCCGCCUUACGCGGCGCACGGCGUAAACGGCAACGCUCACCAAGAUGGCUCGUACUAUAAUUGCGACUUGUUUUACCAGUACGGAGAAAUGCAUCAGGAUCCGCUUGCGUCGGUUCAACCGCAACAAGAAGCGCAACACCAGCAUCUGUUGCACCACGCCAAUUCCUUAACGAACCUGCAACAACACAGCCCGCAGAACGCGCAACAGGACCGCCAGCACGCCCCGCAUCUUCUGCACCACGAAACAUCGUUGACCAGCUUGCAGCAGCAGCAACAGCAACAGCAACAGCAGCUCAGCCCUCAAAGCAGCCAGCAGAAGAGACCUUACUCGACGUCCUCGAGUUCUUGCGGCAGCACCGACGCCAUAGACAAUCACAUGCCGAGCCCUUUGAGAAGCUACCGCUAUCAUCCCUAUCGUCGUCAUCACAUGCAUCAUGUGCCCGACGCGGCGUCCUCGAACCUGAACGAAGGCGUGAUCAUGUACCCGAAUUGCGGCUUCAACAACGAGGACAGCUACAACGCCGCGUCCGCCGGGAAUCUUCAUCAUCACGAGGCUCCCUAUCUGCCGCAGUCCGACCACCAUACCACGAACAAUAAUCCCGUGAAGCAUUCGCACCAUCACUUGGAACCGUCGCCGGCGGGAUACACCAGCGUGAUCGUAGACUCGCAACAAAUCCGGGACGGGACCGGGCACAGUAGCAAUCGCCGGAACAAUAUGGACAAUCGUUUAAGCGUGAACGAUUGCGCGGACCUCGGCGUGGAAGCGCAGCAAUACGGCACUGUGAUCGAUGCUCAAGACGGUGGACAGGUUCACCAGGUGAGUGCCGGUUUGAGGACGUACACGACAAUGCCCCCCGUUGCCUAUGUGCCUCCGUACAAUCAUCUGUAUCGCGGGAUGAGGGUCGAAUGAAAGGAGGAAGUGCGUUGAUUGUGACGGGACACAGAGCCGGCUUCCGAAUUCUGAACUUUCGUGCGUGUUGACAAUUAGCAUCGUUUUGAUCAUCGAAUCAUCCUCGCGCGAUUGAUCAAUCGCUGUCGUGAAAUAUUCGCGUACAAUCGGCCUGUCUGGUGCGCGAACAAAUGAGAUCCGACCAGCCUUUUGCCACGCUCGGUAGUGCAUUUCGAACAUUUGUUUCGCGCUCAGAUUGUGCACAGAAACGAAGGGGAUGCGAUAUUCGAUCCUUGCGACUCUGUUUUACGGUCGUCUACGAUCGGUCACUAUGAAAAUGAGCCGCGACGCUUUUUAAGCUCGGGAGCGAAUUGGAAUUUCUCCCUAAUUCGCGCUCAGAUUGCGCACAAAAAUGGACAAUUUCUGAACAGGGGAUGAUACGAUUAUCCAAGCCUCGCGACUCGUUUAUUAUAGUUAUCAAUUGCCAACAGGUACGAAAACGAGCCGCGAGGCUCGAAUAAUCG